CUCAUCAAAAUACAUCUCCCAUAAUUCCGUGUUUCAGAGUUUACUUCCGGUUGAUCGGGUCUAACUGUGUGACCCAUCAGCGAACAGGACAGAGAAGUGUGUUCAGGUGCUGCUCUGCUCUCCUCAUGCCCCUGCAGGUGACAUGGCCGUUCCCACAGUGCCCCAGCCUGGGCUGGAGGAUCUCCAGCUCGAUUGUGAUGGGCUUGGUGGGAUCAUACAGCUACCUGUGGACCAAGUAUAUGAACUCUGUGUCAGUGCACAACAAGGAAGUUUUGCUGGAUCUUCUGGAUGAACGGCCUCGAGAUACGCCCCUCAUCACUGUGUCUAAUCACCGGUCCUGCAUGGAUGACCCGCACAUCUGGGGGGUGUUAAAGCUUCGGCAGCUGUGGAACUGGAAGAGAAUGAGAUGGACCCCGACGGCAUCUGAUAUUUGCUUCACAAGGGAAUUCCACUCUCAAUUUUUCAGCAGAGGGAAGUGUGUCCCAGUGGUCCGAGGUGAUGGAGUGAAUCAGAGAGGAAUGGACUUCCUGCUAGAGAAACUCAAUCAGGGCGACUGGGUCCAUAUAUUUCCAGAAGGAAAGGUGAACAUGACGGGGGACUUUAUUAGGAUAAAAUGGGGAGUUGGACGUUUAAUAGCUGAAUGUUCUCUUCAUCCUGUUAUCUUACCUCUGUGGCACGUAGGUCUGAACGACGUUCUUCCAAACACAUCUCCAUACAUCCCCCGAGCAGGAAAGAGAAUAACUGUGUUAGUCGGAAAACCUUUUACAGUCAAGCACAUAGUAGAAGCCCUGAGAGCAGAGAAUAAGAGUCCGGUGGAAAUGAGGAAAACGCUGACCGAUUUCAUCCAGGCCGAGUUCCAUAAAUUAAAUUCACAAGCUGAAGCUCUUCAUCAGAGGAUUCAGACCAGCCGGUGAUCCACACGCAGCUCGAGAACCUGCUGGACAAACAAACUGCAACACACACACACACACACACACACACACACACUGAUCCGUGAAGAGUCUGAACGAUGUGAACUUCGAGUGUGAAAUGUUUCUCCUGAGAUGUUCAUGGUGCUCGAGGAACCUCGUGGACACGGAACCCACAUUCCUGUCCCCAAGAGAGAACAUUUUUAUACCAGUUUUAGGUUUUUAAUGCAGCUAUUUGAAGCAUCAGCUGUCAUUUAUACACUGCUUAUUAAAUUCAUUUCUAACCUGUAAUUUUUUCAUUAAUGAUCAUUUCAGACCUGGUGUGUUUCAUCAGAGCAGGAGUUCUGCAAUGGGUUCUCCUAACUUUUGGGGGAACAUUUAAAGGUUCUAUGUUUUUUCAGAAUGGUUUCCUAUUGAAGAAUCCUUACACUCUAGAUGUAGAUCCCUGUAGACCUGAUGUAGACUCUAGAUCCCUGUUACUCUUCCAGAGAAGGUUCCAAUUAGAACCCUUUGAUUACAGAAGAACCCACAAUCAUCAGAGUGCUGGAGAUCAUCCCAGUAACAGCUGAAAGAGAAACAGUGUGUGAAUCAAACUGGAACCUUUAAGUCGUUCCUCAGAGGAACAACUGAAGAACCUUUAAGGGUUCUAAAGUUUCCAUACAUGUAAGUUUGGAGGUUAUUUGUUUCAGUACAGUUACAAUGCUGGAACUCUGCAGACUCACAGGGAAAAAGUGUUCUAUAAUUUUUCAGCUUUUUGUAUCGAAGGAAAGAAAAACUUUGUUUAAAAUAAAUAUUAAAUUGUAAAAGUAUUGCAAAUGAUAAACAUUUAAAUAUUAAAUUAUUACAUAGAA